GUAUGUAAUUGCAUAUUUCACAUUUUACAGUGGUUUUUACAAACUAAUUUACAUUGAAACGCUAAUUCGUUAUAAUUUAUAAUCGUUAUCAAAAAUAGUGCAUGCAAUCUUACGAUAGAAAUUUUCAUUCGACAAAUAUUUGAAUACGUGUGUGUAUGUAUGAACAUUCAUGUAAAUAGUUACAUUUGCGCAUAGGUGAAAUAUAUAUAAAAAUGUAUAGAUCGCAUUAGCUGCAAUGUUUAUUCCAUUACAACGCCUUCGAAACGCAACAACGGGUUGAAUGUGCCGCGCCAUCCACGAAUUUAGUUAUUAAAAAAUAUACACAUAUUUAUAACUGGCUCAGGAGCUGUUUCGAAAAAAAAAUGUUUACAUUUGGCGCGAAAAAAUAUUUGCCAUUGCUGUGCUUGCUUUUGUGUGCACUUUGCGGAUUUUUUACCGAUGCCGUUGCGAAACCGACGAUCGCCUUCAACCUGCCACAAAGUUUUCAGGGAUUUCCAUCAUUCGCCUCUUUUACUCAGCAAUACUUCGAAAGUCGCAAUUUGCGGCAGAUGAAAACGUAUAGCGGAAAACGGCUAACUAAUGAGUCGUUAAUAAUGAUUUACUAUCACGACUCCACCAUUGCGGUUACCGAGUUAGGACCAGAGAAACUGUUGUUGGGUUGCGAAUUGAUAGAGAUUUACAAUGAAAAGGAUGGUAAAGCUCUACUCGAAGGACUUUCCAAAUACAAUCGGCCACUGCGAAUAACUUUCGAUGAAAUGUUGAAGUUAAUGAACCAAUGUGAACGUGUCGAUAAACUUACGUACGCCUCACGGAAUCGAGCCAAAGCCAUAGAUGUCAAUACGAAUAACGAUAGCUCAGCAAAUAAUAAUAAUAAUGGUGUUACCAAUUUGGCAGCAAAUAUAUUUCCGAAAAGUCCAUUUUCAUUGUUGAGCGGCAUAAUACCGGGCACAAAAUGGUGCGGCACUGGCGACAUUGCGGAAACUUAUAGUGAUUUAGGCACCGACAUGGAUAUGGAUCGAUGUUGUCGACUGCACGACUUAUGCCCCGUGAAAAUACGUGCCUAUCAAAAUAAAUACGAACUGAUGAAUGAUUCCUUGUACACAAAAUCUCAUUGUAUAUGCGACGAUAUGUUAUAUUCCUGUCUCAAAAAAGCCAACACACCAGCGUCGCAACUUAUGGGAUCGAUUUACUUCAAUUUGGUGCGAGUGCCUUGCUUGGCUGGCAGCAAUGAUAAAUAUCGUUUUCGAGAGGCCAAAGAAGGAUUCUAGUAGAGCGAUGAAGUGGGCCAUCUGAUAAAAUAUAUGUAUGUACAUGUGUACUUAUGUAUGUACAAAUACAAAGAAAGACAAUUGCGAAAUGUUGGAAUUACUUAGUCAAAGUUAUGUAAAAUAUUGUAUUUAGUUUUUGUACUAAAAGCAAUUUGUUUUAUUAAGUUUUUUUUUGUUAUGUAUUAUUUUCGGUAGUACUUAAGGAUCAACGUUAAACAAAAAUAAAAAUUUUAUAUUUAUUUAUUCUUUUUUAAA